CAUUUAUUCACGAGCAUUGUUUUGUUUGUACAGUUGGUAUAUCAUUUCAUCUUGAUUUUCCUGUUUUUAUAUUAUGAUCAAAUUACCUGUUUAUAUUUCACGACACGUGUUAUUUGAGUAAGCUGUUUUCGGCAGAUCAUUAAACGAGUUCAUUCAUAAAAAUUAUUGCGCGAUGAGAAUUAUGUAAUUAUUGACCGAGUGGGAGGGUCAGACGGGAAAAUAUUUGGCUCGAGGGUCCGUGCGUCAUGAACGAGAGCCAAAUAUUUUCCCAUCUGACCCUCCCACUCAGUGAAUAAGCAUUUUAUCAAAUGACCACCGAAUAAGUUUCAAGAAAUUCGAAAAGUUUGUUAUAACUUAACUACGACGCGAUAGACUGGCACGCGCGGGAAAACAACAAAAAAUAUUCUACAAUAAAAAUGUUUCCUAUAUCUUUUCGAGUCAGAACAAGAAACUCGCAAGUAACCGAAAAAUGUGACGUAUUUCCUCAUUUCUGCUCACUGCCGUCACUCGUUUUUUUAGCAGCAACGGCGAAAAAAUGUCGCCGUAAAAAAGUGCUCUUGGGCCGCACAGCUUUUUCCGGACUGGCUCACGUCCAUGACCUAUCCGGCCCUACACACGCCAGCUUCCACUAUGGUUUCCUAUGGCGAGCAGGGCCGAACGGGUCAUGUGAUAAAUUGCAUUGUUGUGUGAUUACAGUGACAUUGAAUGGACUUUCUUUGAUCCUCAGCCCAGCUAGAAAAAACUUAACUCUUGAACUCCCAAGAGCUGAUUGUUGAUUCUCUCCUUAAGCUGCUACACAUUUCCUUGUAAGUCAUUUACGAGAGUUUGAUGUUGGGUCAAGAUAACUCCUAUCUGAUACCGUAGUUUGAUAUAGCUAGGUUUGAGUAUUUUCAUUACGCAACUGUUUUGCAAGAUAAUGUAUGCAUAAUCAUUGGGAGAAGUUACCCGUUCAUCACCGCUGGAGUUAAAUUUUCAGGGGUUACCUCUGUUACUAACAGAGUCACUUCGUAUAACCACUGAAAGACAAAUUCGAGCUAAAAAAUUAAAACUCAUCCGACGGGCCAAAAUUUGGGCAAAGUUUACGUAAGCGUUUGAUGCAGGUAUUAAUUGGUAUGUUCUGUCACGCCAUCGAAAAUUUACCGGUAUCAUAACAAGGAGUUCAAGAUUACGUGGUACGAACGCCCAAGAAAAUGUUGGGUAUGAAAAUACCACUUUCCUUAGAUAGAUUUAAUGAACGAAUCUGUUCCUAAGUGGAUGAAAGAACACAAAAGUUAUUCUCAAAUCAAAUGCUUGUUCUUUCCUCUUGAUCUGCAGAAUAGAAAAUUGGUAUCUUGCAUCCAGCAAUCCUGUAUUGUUGUCAUUUCUAUUUCCAGCCGCUUGCUUAUUGACUUGCAAUUGCAUCAUGUGAAAAGACGCUGAAUAUAGAUGUGAACGCAUUGUAGAUGCAGACAUCACGUGAAAAUUACGCAAGCCACCUCGCCACAUGCAGCUCAUGUGCUCACUCCUUGCCGGUUUGGUUUUUGGUUUCAAUCAAAAUAAUUCUUAUUCGUCCCGGGGCAGGGAACGUCAGCGUACGGCAACGACUCAUCAGCCAGGGUGGAGUGAGGGGUUACUUCUUAGUAAUAGGUUAAAUAGGGAUGUGCCGCUGGAUGGUGUGGUAUUUUCACGACUAUAAAGGGGUUGUAAUUUCAACAGAAUAGAGGAGUAUUCAGGAAGUAUUUUUUGGUAAAAUGUUUCUUCAAGUGACGCUUGACUUGCUUGUAAUGAUCAGCGGAAUGCCCCACAAAGCAAGCGUCUAAUCCGAAUGGCAUUCUUUUAGUGUUCUCUGCGGUGAGGUUAAUUGGACGAAAAUAAAAGAAAAAAUAAAGAUAAAUUAACUUGAUCCAUUCUCAAAGCCUCGAGGCAGGACGACGGCACCUUUGAAGAUUGGUAAGGCUGAACUAAAUCUGGUGGGAUAACAAAAUCACCGGGUGCAUUUGUCUCACUGAACUGAUCACAGAUUAUUUUCAUCAAAUAUACAAAACUUUCCUUGUGCGCCGGGCCGGGGCCCUUCAUACUCUCAAACUGACAACAGUUAACCGCAAGAUUUUAGAUAUUUUGUUUCGACUAAUAUUCAGAAUUUCCUUCGCCAGCAUCUUUCCUCGCCUACCAAAUAUUCGCCAAAUCUACACUAUGUAUUCUUUUUCUUUGAUUCAAAACUAAUUUUUUUUCUUCUGAAACUAAUUGAGAAUCGUGUCAUCACUUAAUUUCCUCGUGACUUUUUUUAAAAGAGAUACUGAUUGGCUGAUUUGUGCAACUCGCGGUCACGCGCGUUACCUUCUAUUCAAAGACCACGCACCACUAGUCAACAACCAAGGAUUGUAAAAUUACCGCACGUAACAAUCACGACAUCAGAGGCUGUAAAACCCCUUGAAGUCAUCUUCAUUCUGAAACAGAGUUUUAGAACAGGUCAUCAGAACGUGUAAAUCACAAUGCAAAACGAAAUUACCAAGGCAAUUGCGAUUGCCAUUUUGUUUGUGCUUACCCUACUUGCCGGUUUAGUGCCGCUAAGAAUUCGUCCGGGGUCAGGGCCCGCUAGCGCAAGACAGCGAAUCCUCAGCCUUUGUAACUGCUUCGCUGGGGGAGUAUUCUUUGCGACGUCUUUGUUAGAUUUGCUGCCGAUGAUCAGAGAAAAGUAUCAACAAGCGUUUAAUCUGGCUGGCAUCCAUACGGUAUUUCCCGUUGCAGAAUUCACGACAUGCAUUGGUUUCUUUCUUGUCUUGACUGUAGAACAGAUCGUUCAUUCUUGCCAGGAUUCUUCGUUUUUACACGGAUCACCCGGAAACCACACAGCCAAAAAACCGCUUUUGAGUGAAACUCCAGACGAUGGUUUCUAUUCCUCUUCGAAUUGUUCCCAUCUUCCCCAAAAGCGAAGGAAAAACAGACACGGAGAGUCGAGUUUGAGAACUUACAUAUUAAUCGUCGCCUUAUCGUUGCACUCAGUUUUCGAAGGACUGGCUCUAGGUUUGAUCACAGAUGUCGAUCGCCUGGCACAAAUCGCCGUAGCCAUCGUGAUCCACAAAUCGACCAUUGCGUUUUCGUUAAGUGUGAACAUGGUGCACCACCAAAUGUCAACAAAAACUAUUGUCAAGUCUUCCGUGCUGUUUGCAAUCAUGGGUCCGAUUGGCACAGUAAUCGGAAUGGUGGUACUACACUACUCUACUGCACAAACAAGCAGUCUCUACUCGGGUAUUUUACAAGGAAUUGCAAAUGGAACCUUUUUAUUCGUGACAUUCUUUGAAAUCUUUCAGCGAGAACUGGCAGAACAGGGCAGUCGUCUUCUUAAGGUACUGGCCAUGAUCGUUGGUUAUUCUGUGGUUACGGGUUUGUUGUAUUAUGCAAACAUUCUCGAACACAACGAUACGAACGUAAAGCCGGAGAAAGGAACGGGGAAUGUGACUGUUCUACCGAAUGUUGGAUCCUAAGUAAUAAUGAAAGACGAAAAAACGCCUCAUCUGAAAGCCUAUUCCCAUAAUUAAUAAUAUAAUGUCAUAACUGUUUGAUUUCAGAAUUAUAAGCCUUCUAUAGAUUUUAUGAAUAGAAACGUGAUACUAUAUGAUGUUUUUACGGAGACUUGUUAGCAUCUGUGAAACGACUUGGCAUUUUAUCAAAAUUUAAGAUUAUUCAAUUCAGCUUGGCUUAAUUGGUACUUGUCAUUGAAAGAGUUGGUGACCAUUUUCAGUAACACUGAAUUGUAAUUUCACAGUUACAUCUAAAUUUUAGUUAUGAACAAUGAAGGCUGAAGCUGUUUUGUGAAGUAUGAUGUUUUGAAUGUUUGGUAAUGAUAAUAGUCUGGCAUCUCAGGCAAUGAAACAUUAGGUGAGCAAUACAAAUUCAUCACACACAGCUCGACAGUGAGCAGACAAAAAAAUUAUCUGAUAGUAGAUAUUUCUGUGUUUAAAAGAAGACCAUAUUAUCUUUAGACCUAUUAUUUGGACUACUAUAAAUGUCCAGCAGACUGUUUCACAUUAUUAGUCCCCAACAAUUAAUCAUUUAUUUUUGUAACAAGGACUUGGUCCACUGAGCUGCAGCUCUAAAACUUUUUUGUAUUUUAACUAAUUAUAAAGUUGACUGGCUGCACGUGUUAGCUAAAAUCAAACAUGAUAAAGGAUGAAUUUGUCAGCUACCUUACCCUGCUUAAUCUUUCUUGCUCUGUUAUCACCAAAUUUAACUUAAUGAACUAAUGUCACAUUCCUAUUCAUCAUUCAGUUCAAAAUAGUUGGAAUUAUUAUAGUAGUGGGUAUGGUGCUCAGUCGGGUUGAAACAACCUAACAAAAGAUUUCAAAAUAAAUGUCAGGAUUUGUAACCAUUCA